CACUUAUCUUACGAACAGAGCAUGAGGUCGUUGAAGAGUUGCAAGCCAAAAUGAAAAUUGAACUUCAAGAGUGUAUGGAACAAAUUGAUGCGAGCAUCAAUAAAAGCUAUGAAUUGUAUGAUGAACGGCAUGACUAUCACAAACUCAUUUCAGAGAUUCUGGAGAUGUUGGAAGAAGGCGACGCCUACACGCGGUGGCAGCAAUACGGCACUUGGAUCGUUCUCGACGGAAGGCCUUUCGCGGAGACCGCGCUGUCCAGUGAGAAGGAGCGCACUGAGCGAAUGAAAAACAAGCGGCCCACUCUCACUCUCGUGAAUGUAAUGUUUCCCACGCAUACUGUUCUAUGCAAUCGAAAUCCAAAGAAUCUGGUUGUAGAAAUGUUGACCGGGGUACUGUUCAGAGCGGGGGCGAGGGGCUGCCUAGACCAUGCCUUUGAAGGAAAACAAUAUGAAGAAGAUGUUCGUGAUUGAGGGUGCCGAGGCUUGAUUGAAGUUUAGAUCCAAGCCCCACACUCAGAAAUACGAACGUUUAAUUGAGAUCAUGGCGUUCAUGAACUUAGAAUGGAACAGGCCGAGGAGGUGUUGCCCGAGUUAAUAGCUGCUCACAAGAGAUAAUUUAAAUAAUUCACCGCAACCUGUGCCUGCAGGUGCUACCAGUAUACGAGUCAUAAAAAUACCGACACAACAACUCGACAAACUUGGUUCAGGAGAACGAGAUGCCGAUGCGGUUGGCAUAUGAGCAACUCGACGAACUGGUUGCGAAUGCGGAGCACGUUGAGUCCGCGAUUGAAAGAAACCGGAGGCGUAGGCGUCUGCAGCAGGGAGUGUAUCUGUGCUGUAUUCUGCAGCUCAUUGGGUGCAUCUGAUCAAGCUCGCCGAGGGCGAGAACAAGGACGACGUGGUGGUUGACUUGUUUCGGGUGGCCGUGAGGUUGAAAGCGGAGGUGUGUUGCUGGUUUGGUGCAGAUUGGGAGGGGGGGAGAAGAAGAUGGCCCGUGCUGCCUAGCAGCAGUUCCAUUUGCCGACAAUUCUCCGCGGCACGGAGGUUGGACCCAGUUUCACUUUGAAAAAGAAAUAUUCUCCAUGGCUUAUCAGAUUGAAUGGCAGAUUUGAUAUUAUAAGAUAAGUGAGGUAGAUUUGCUGUUAUCGAGAGUACAUGGGUAUUCUUGAUAUUUCAACAUAUUGUACAAAUUAUAUUUUCCCAAAAAAUAACACUUGUUUCGAAAAACAUGGCAUAACUUUUUUUGUAUGACUGUUAAAUU